CUAUCACAUAAUUACUCGGUGCUCUACGUCCUCGUACAGCACUAUCACACCACCUUACCUUACUCACCAUCAUCAUUCCCGUAUCCUUUCAAUCACGGCGGUACAAAAACACUCUUGUGUUAUUAAUAAUGGUCCAUUUCUUUCAGCUCUUUACUUCUUUACGGUAUGAUACCACCCUUUGCAGCAUACCAGACAAAUAUGCCGGCGGUGCGGACUGGAACUUCAAGAGCCGGUCACCUCUCUACAUGUUGGAUUACCACCGGGACCGGAUGCUGAGAGCCGCUACCCACUGGGGCUGGACGGCGGCCAUCGAGUCACUUCAAGGGGAUGCUGGCCUGGCACGUCUCACGGAGCUCAUGGAGCCUGCUGCCUCUACCAAGCCUUCGCCCCUGAGAGUCAAGAUCCUACUCACCAAGGACGGUCAACUCUCCUGCGAGAUGGGCCCGACACUGAAAACAUCACUCCAAAACCUUUUCCCGUCUCGCCUUCCGCCCCCCGGUGCCGCCAACCUCGAGGGCGACCCGUUGAGGGAUCCCAUUUACGAUGUCGUGCCGGACUCGGCCCAGACGGCGCGCUCUGAGUUCACCCAUUUCAAGACGACGGAGCGCUCUAUAUAUGACGGGGCGCGAAGUCGCGUCAGUAUCCAGCUCACUGACCUGAAGGAGGUUCUUCUUGUCAACAACGCAGACGGGUCUAUCAUGGAGGGCAGCAUGACGACCCCGUACUUCUGGAGGGACGGCCGCUGGGCCACUCCUCCAGUGCCUAGUAAAUUUAGCUGGGACGCGGGUAGCGGUGGUCAGGAUGGGACUUCACGACGAUGGGCCCUCUCGCGGGGCUUGGCCGUAGAAGAAGUUGUUUCUGUGGAUAGCCUGGUGGAUGGGGAGGAAUGUUGGAUCAGUAACGGUGUCCGAGGAUUCUGCUGUGGUCGACUCCGGCUGAACCCGUGAUUUUCUUGUCCCAGAAAUGUUUGACGCUGCCACGCUGAGUACAGGUGGAAAAGGAAAUCGUCGCGCACCAGGGACCUGGGGCACGGGUGCCAGUACUGCGAGUGGGUUCCCCAAGCCUACAAUCUCUCUUCAUUUGAGCUCUCGAGCUGGAGGCGUUUGGGUUGGCCCCUUUAACUCCCUUUAUUUACGAUGACCGG